AUGAUAAUAAAAGUAGUUUAUAAAAAGGAAAUACAUUUGUUAAAAUUAGAAAAUCCAGUUCUUGAGUAAAUAAAGAAAGAUAUUUAAAAAUUGUAUCCUCAAAUAAAUAAGAGCUAUUGUUUAUUUUAUAAAGAUGAAGAAGGAGAUUAGAUUAGCAUAAGUUCAGAUGAGGAUUUAAAAGUUUUAAUAGAAAGUGUAAAGAACUAGACAAUAAAGAUUACAAUAGAAACAUAAAAUAUAUGGACUUGUAAAUAUUGUACAUUUGAGAACUAAGAAGGAGUAAUUUGUGAAGUAUGUUGUCAAUAUAAGGAGAAUGAGCCUUAACAAUAAUAAUUAGUUUAAUAGUAUUAAGAAUGUAGAUAACCAGUAUUUGAUAUACCUUAACCUUAGUGUUAUGGAGAUCCUUAAUAAUAUGUGAAUUAUGUUUAAUAGCCAUAAGCUCCACAAAUAAUACCUCCACCUCCUCCAUUAGGUUCAAUUAAUCCUUAAAUACAUCCACAUUAAGAGUAAUUUAAACAUGAUCCUGAGUUGGGUGGGUUCCAUCGUUUUAGAUAAAAUUGGAAAAAUCUUCAUAAAACUAAUCAUAUGAAAUUGAAGAGGUUUGAAUAAAUAAUGAGAGAUCCUUAAUUAAAAUAAUAGAAAGAGUAACUAUAAUAAUUGUUAAAGGAAAUCAGUAAGAGUAUAAAAAAUAGAAAUCAAAAUUAAUAGUAAUAAUAAUUGAUUAAAUAUACAGAUAUCAAUAAUAAUAUAAUUGGAGUGAUAUGGAUGAAUAAAGGGCAAAGAGAUUAGCAGAAGUGUUAUAAUGUAACUUAGAAUGGGCUAGAUAAUAUUAAAUGAUAUUUCGUGAUUUGACAUUUGAUGAGAUUGUAAUGUAAAUAUAAAAUGCAGAAUGA